AGCGGGAUCGGUGUCGGGACACCGGGGCCGGGAUCGGUGUCGGGACACCGGGGCCGGCAUCGGGAGCUGCUGCCAGUAAAGCCGGGCGGGUGUCGGGGGUCCCAGAGCCGGUACCGUGAUCUCAGAGCCGGGACCGGUUAUCCCCAGGGGGUGUCGGGGGGCCCGGAACCGGUACCGGCCAUCCCGGGGCGGGUGUCGGGGGGCCCGGAACCGGUACCGGCUAUCCCGGGGCGGGUGUUGGAGGGCCCGGAACCGGUACCGGCUAUCCCGGGGCGGGUGUCGGGGGGCCCGGAACCGGUACCGGCUAUCCCGGGGCGGGUGUCGGGGGGCCCAGAGCAGGUGCUGGUGAGCCGGAACCGGUCCCGGUGACCCAGGGCUGGUCCUGGUGACCCGGGGCCGGUGUCUGUAACCCCAGUCCCGGUGCCGGUGACCCAGAGCCAGUAUCCAUAACCCCGGUGCCAGUCCCAGUCCCGGUUCCGUUCCCGGUCCCGGUUCCACUCGGGGUUCCAUUCCUGGUACUGGUGAUCCAGAGCCAGCGUCCGUAAUCCUGGUCCCGGUGCCGGUCCCGCUCCCGGUGCCGGUUCUGCUCCCGGUGACCCGGACCCAGUGUCCAUAACCCCGGUUCCACUCCUGGUUCCGCUCCUGCCCCCGGUCCCUCUCCCGGUGCUGGUUUCAGUCCCAGUUCCAGUCCUGGUGACCCAGACCCGGUGUCCAUAACCCCUUUCCCGGUGCUGGUGCCACUCCCGGUGCCGGUGACCCAGACCCGGUGUCCCUCACCCCGCUCCCGGUGCCACUCCCGGUUCCAGUCCUGGUGACCCAGACCCGGUGUCCCUAACCCCGCUCCUGGUGCCGGUGCCACUCCCAGUGCCGGUGACCCAGACCCGGUGUCCGUAACCCCGGUGCCGUUCCCGGUCCCGAUCCCGGUGCCACUCCCGGUGCCAUCCCCGGUGCCACUCCCGGUGCCGUCCCCGUUGCCGUUCCCUCCCGGCACUGUGCCGCCAUGUACCCGGGGGCAGCGGCGGCGGGCGCGGCGGGCGCGCGGCGGCGGCGCGGCGCGGCGGCGCUGCCCAAGCAGCCGGAGCGCAGCCUGGCCUCGGCGCUGCCGGGCGCUCUGGCCGUCACCGCGCUCUGCACCGCGCUGGCCGAGCCCGCCUGGCUGCGCAUCCACGGCGGCACCUGCGCCCGCCAGGAGCUGGGCGUGGCCGACGUGCUGGGCUUCGUGCAGCCCGAGCUGCUGCGAGAUUUCUGCAUGAACCCGCAGACGGUGCUGCUGCUCCGCGUCAUCGCCGCCUUUUGCUUCCUGGGCAUCGUCUGCAGCCUCGGCGCGUUCCUGCUCGACGUCUUCGGGCCCAAACACCCGGCCCUGAAAAUCACCCGGCGCUAUGCCUUCGCCCACAUCCUCACAGUGCUGCAGUGCGCCACCGUGAUCGGCUUCUGCUACUGGGCGUCGGAGCUGCUGCUGGCGCAGCAGCAGCAGCACAAGAAGUACCACGGCUCCCAGGUCUUCGUCACCUUCGCCGUCAGCUUCUACCUGGUGGCCGGCGCGGGCGGCGCCUCCAUCCUGGCCACGGCGGCCAACCUGCUGCGGCACUACCCCAGCGAGGAGGAGGAGCAGGCGCUGGAGCUGCUCUCCGAGAUGGAGGAGGCCGAACCCUACGGCCCCGACUACGAGGUGGUCAACCAGUUCCAGCCGCCGCCCGCCUACACGCCCUGACGGCGCCCGGCGAUGUUGUCGCGGUUGCGGUCAUCAGGAUUGAGGUUGUAGAGAUUGUGGUCAUCGGGGUCAAGGUCAUCGUGAUUGAGGUCAUUGGGAUUGUGGUCACCUCAGUCCUGGUCACUUGAUCCCGGUCAUCACGAUCACGGUCAUCAUGAUCGUGUUCAUUGUGAUCGAGGUCAUCAUGAUUGUGGUCAUUGGGAUUGAGGUCACCGAGAUCACGGUCAUCGGGAUCGUGGUCAUCAGGAUCGUGGUCGUUGGGAUCAUGGUCGCUUUGAUCCCAAUCACCAUGAUUGUGACUCGUUGCAAUCACGGUCAUCGGGAUCAUGGUCACCUUGAUCCCGGACCACCAUCUGGUCAUCCAGAUCGUGGUCAUCAGGAUCAUGGUCAUUUGACUGCAGUCAUCGCGAUCGCGGUCACUUUGAUCGUGGUCAUCGGGAUCGCUGUCACCUUGAUCCCAGUCAUGACGAUCAUGGUCAUCGUGAUCAUGGUCACCCUUGAUCGGGGUCUCUUGAUCCUGGUCACCACAGUGGUGGUCACCGUGAUCACGGUGAUUUGAUCCCGGUCACCGUGAUCCUGGUCACCACGAUCGUGGUCACUUGGUCCCGGUCACCGCGAUGGACCGAGCGGACAGAGCGGCCGGAUCGUCGUGGGGGUGGAGGAGGUGGCAUGGCAGGGUUGGUCGGGACAAUGUUGGGAGAUCUUCCAGCAGAAGCUUUGUCCAGGUGGAUCCCAGGAACUCUUACGACAAAGGAUUGUCCAGCUGGAUCUCUGGAGAUCCUCCAGGGCAGGAUUUCUGCAGGGGGGUCCCAGGAACUCUUCAACAAAAGAUGCUUUGGACAGAUCCCAGAAGUUCUUCCAGGAAAGGAUUUCUCCAGGUGGAUCCCAGGAGAUCUUCCAGGGAAGGAUUUCUCCGGGUGGAUCCCAGGAGCUCUUCCAGCCAAGGGUUGCUCUGGAUGGACACAGGAAGUUCUUCCAGGGAAGGACUCGUUGGAGCAGAUCCCGGGAGAUCUUCCAGGGCAGGAUUGGUUUGGAUGGAUCCCGGGAGUUGUCCCGGGAAAGGAUUUCUCCUGGUGGAUCCCAGAAUUCCCGCAGGAUUUCUCCUGGUGGAUCCCAGAAUUCCCGCAGGAUUUCUCCUGGUGGAUCCCAGAAUUCCCACAGGAUUUCUCCUGGUGGAUCCCAGAAUUCCCAGAGGAUUUCUCCUGGUGGAUCCCAGAAUUCCCGCAGGAUUUCUCCUGGUGGAUCCCAGGAGCUCCUGCAGGGCCUCGAUCCCGGGGUUGGUUCGAACCCCGUUGGGAUCUCCUGCUCCAGGUGGGUUUUCCUUGGAAGGAGGAGAUUGGGAUCCAUGGAUUCCCCUGGAAUGAGGAGAGUGGGAUCCACCCGGACUGGGAACUUUGGGAUCAGGAAUUCCCAGUGGAUCCAGAACUUUGGGAUCCCCAAUUCCCAACAGAUCCAGAACUUUGGGAAUCCCAUGGAUUGAGAACUUUGGGAUCUGGAAUUCCCAACAGAACGAGAACUUUGGGAUCCUCGGGACUGAGAACUUCGGGAUCAUCAAUUCCCAGCAGAUCCAGAACUUUGGGAUCCCCAUGGAUCAAAAACUUUGGGAUCCUCUGGAACGAGAACUUCAGGAUCCCUACUUCCCAACGGAUCGAGAACUUUGGGAUCCCCAAUUCCCAAUGGAAUGAGAACUUUGGGAUUUUGAAUUCUCAGUGGAUCAAGAACUUUGGGAUCCCCACGGAUCAAAAACUUUGGGAUCUGGAAUUCUCAAUGGAUCCAGAACUUUGGGAUUUGGAAUUCUCCCUGAACUGAGAACUUUGGGAUCCCCAAUUCCCACUGGAUCCCGAAUUUUGGGAUCCCCAUGGAUGGAGAACUUUGGGAUCUUGAAUUCCCAAUAGAUCCAGAACUUUGGGAUCUCCAUGGAUCAAAAAUUUUGGGACCCCCUGGACUGAGAAUUUUGGAAUUCCCAAUUCCCACCGGAUCCCAAAUUUCGGGAUCCCCGGUCCCUGCCCGGCCCCUGCCCGGCCCAGCCCCUUUUCCCAGGAAUAUUUAUCCCCUUAUUUAAAAAUUCGAGAAUUCCCAUCCCCACUCCCCCUUUUCCCCCCCAUGGACAUUCUGCACUUUAUUCCAGGCUCUGGGAAUUUUUUUGGGGUUUUUUUUGGGAUCAUCCCAUCCCUCACCCUGCAAAAUUUGGGAAUUUUGGCCUCCCGGGAAAUCGGGAUGAGCCCUGCUGGAAAAACCCUGGAGCUUUUAUGCAAAUCCCUCCACUCCCAUCCCAAAAUUCCCAAUUUUUUCCCCACUCUGAUUUUUCCAACCCCCCCCAGGACCAAUCCCAGAAAUUUUCGGGGCCAAAAUAGAAAAAAAAUAGGAAAAAAAAAAUCCCACAAGGAUUGAAAUUCCCACCAAAAUUCCCAUUCCUGGCAUGCUUCGGCUCGGAGGGGAUUUUUUUCUGGGGGAAUCUCCUGAAUUUUUAGGGAAUUUUUACCCCGGGACCCAGUUCCUUGGAGGUCCCAAUGCUUUUAUCCCGAUUUUCCCAGUUUUGUCCCGAUUUUCCUGCUUUUAUCCCAAUUUUCCUGCUCUUUUUCCCUUUUUUUCCCAUUUUCCCCCCCCGGCUAUGCAAGAGCUCCCCUGGGAUGGAAAUCCUGGAAAAAUCCCGGAAAAAACCCGAAAAUCCCAGAAAAAAACAAAUCCCAGGAAAGGCUCAGGAGGAGCCAAACGGACCCGAAAAGGCCCCGGGGAAAAUUCCCGGGAUUUGGGAUCCGCCGGGAAAAACUUCGGGAUUCCCUGGAUAUGCAAAGAAUAAAUCUGUGAAAAAUGGGA